UUUCCCAACAUGGCUAUUUACGCUGAAUGCUAUUUGGGGCAGGGACUGUCUCACUGUGGAUCUGUGUGGGAGGGGAGUUUGUAGGAGGAGGGUGUCUGGGCAUCUUUGGCAGAACCUAGCACUUUGAGAGGCUGACAUGAGGCAGCUUUGGGAUGGUGGGGGGUGGGGAUUAUGUGCAGCUCAGUGCCAAAUGAGCUACCCGGCUGUGGCAUUAUGUGUGGCUGUUCACCAGCUGUUCCACCCCAGAAGUGUUUGCAUCUCAGUUUCAGACAAGCUGUCCCUUUGUGGCAUUAUGGGUGGCUGUUUCCAGGCUGCCCUGCCCCAGAGGUGGCUACAUCUCAACGCUGGGCAUUAUUAUCCUGCUGUGGCAUUAUCUGUGGCUGUUCCCCAGCUGCCCCACUCCAGAGGUGGCUGCUUCUCAGCACUAGGGUUGCCAGUUUUGCUUGGAUGUAUUUCUGGAGAUUUCAUCACAUCUUUAAUUAAAGCUUAAUCUUUAAUUCUUGAAAAAUCCAGGCCAGUCCUAGAAGGUUGGUACUGCCCACUCAGCACCAGGAGAGCUGCCUCCCUGUGUUGUUAUGUGUGGUUGUUCCCCUGCUGCCCUGCCCUGAGGUGGCUGCAUCUCGGUACAUGACCUGUCCCUGUAUAGAUUGUUCAGAAAGCCCUAUAGGCAGCAGACAGUGAGGUAGAGCUGAGCUCUAGGUGGGGGGCAGUGAAGCAGGGGCAGCUGGAGGCCUUGCCUCCUCCCCACAGAGCCAUGCGUAUCUCCCUUCCCAGCCCGGGAGUUUAGCUGCAUCUGGCUCCCAUUGGCUGCCUCCCUCCUCCAUACGCAGCGGAAAAAAAAGCUGCUUCCCGCCCGGUCUCUCCCUCCCUCUCGGACUCUGCCGCAUUCGUGCCUGUGAAGGGAGAGACCCACGGCUGCAGGAUGGCCACCCCCACCGAGGCACCCAGGCAUGCUGGCCAUGGACACCAGGAUCCUUUCUCCUAUGACUACGACACCCUGCGCCUGGUUGGGCUCGUCUUAGCCAUUGUCAUGUUCGUGGUGGGCAUCCUGACAGCACUGAGUAAGAAGUUCAAAUGUAAAAAGUCUGACUCCAGCCUAUCGGAGGCCAGACAGCCAGGAAAGACUCCAACUCCAGCAGGCAGUGCGUAGGCCUGGUGCCUGGGAUGUAGCGCCCCUCUGGAUGGGGGUGCAGACCCCGCUGCCCCCCCCCCUCGCCCAGGACGGCUCCGAGACCUUGGCUCCAGUGCCCGGUGACAUCCGAGGGGGCAGAGAAGGGGGAGCCCUGUUAUCUGAGCCCCCUGUCUUUUAGAAACUCUGCCUCUGAUUGGCUAGAGAGCCCAUUGCAUGCUGGGAGCAGGCACCAUAUGCAGGAAAAGGGUCCCUCACCUGCCUCCCCCACCGGGUCCCCUUCACUUCCUGUUCCCCUUCAGAGCAUGUGAUCCUCCAUGUCGUAACUGCUUUGCUUAUGGCACCCCUGUCCCUGCUGCAUCAUGGGAGUGCCCUGUGGCUGGGGGGGAGGAGAACAACCACGUGCCACCAAACCACACCCGAGGCCCUGACAGGGCCCGUGCAGGGCCAGCAGCUGGAUGAGGACAGGGUGCUGCUAUUGUGAUGUGCUUUCAGCUGCCCCAGGGGGCGCCACUCUGUAGCUGCCCCCCUCACUGCCCCCACGCACGUGGCAGAGAAGAUCCAGUGCUCAAUAAAAAUGGAGUUGUUUCUUA